AUGGCGCAAACCCACGCCAUCACACUGACCGGCUCAAUUGAGGCGGUCACCGAGUACUUUGGCUUUGCCGUCAACAACAUCCUCUACCAGCGCGGCAUCUACCCCGCCGCGUGCUUCCAGCCAGUGCGGAAGUACGGACUGCCGUUGAUGAUAUCCACCGAUAGGGCCCUCAAUGACUACCUGGCCAACCUCCUACAGCAAAUCGCGCUGUGGAUGGCGCAGCGCCAGUGCCGCGUCGUUGCACUUUUGAUCGUCGACCCCGCCACAGAUGCGGUGCGCGAGCGGUGGGAAUUCACCGUUGUAGAAGAAGAGGAGAAGGGGGAAGAGGGGGACAACACGGCGAGGCGAGUGGAGCCUUUGGUGAGCUCUUUGUCGCGCACCGCGGGCGGCGGCCGCCGGAAAUCUGAGGAGGAGGUGCGCAGACACGUGCAAGCAGUGCUUCGACAGAUCACCGCC